UUCACCUUUUUUGCAGCGCCAAGGGCCUGACGUCAUUGCGCCAGGAAGCACAGAGGCAUCGCCCUGUUGUAUAUCUAUUUUCUGCCGUUCUACGAAAAGCCGUAGCCCUGUCUGGGUCUGCAAUGAGAGAGUACAAGAUUGUGGUGUUGGGAAGUGGAGGCGUUGGUAAAAGCGCCCUGACUGUACAGUUUGUCCAGGGCAUCUUCGUGGAGAAAUAUGAUCCCACCAUCGAAGACAGUUACAGGAAGCAAGUGGAAGUGGACGGGCAACAGUGCAUGCUGGAAAUUUUGGAUACCGCUGGAACGGAGCAAUUUACAGCUAUGCGCGACCUGUACAUGAAGAAUGGACAAGGUUUUGUGCUUGUUUACUCCAUCACGGCCCAAUCAACCUUCAAUGACCUCCAGGACCUCAGGGAGCAGAUCCUCAGAGUCAAGGACAUGGAUGAUGUGCCAAUGAUUCUCGUCGGAAACAAGUGCGACUUGGAAGAUGAGCGGGUGGUCGGCAAGGACCAGGGAGCGAACUUGGCCCGCUCUUUCAACAACUGCGCCUUCCUCGAGAGUUCAGCCAAGGCCAAGAUCAAUGUCAACGAGAUCUUCUAUGACCUUGUACGGCAGAUCAACCGUAAGAACCCUGAGAAGAAGCCAAACACCAAAAAGAAGUCCAAGUGUGUACUAUUGUAGAAAAGCAUGCUGCAACCGACCUCCUCCAGCACCAAGGCUGACAGAUGUCCCAACUCCUGGUUGCAACGUGCCCGCGAUAUGAGGCCUUCGGACAACGGGCAGCGAGGAAUCGAGGCAUCCGCAACUCUUGAAGCUCGCCAAGCCCCCGUCUGCACGCACUCACUCAAUUGCAAAAUCUUUGUUGUCAUUUUUUUUUAAAUCCCCCGCGCAGUCGUACUUUGUAAAGACCUAUCUGCCGUCACACCACACACACUGGCUGGCCCAUAACCGAAUGGGGCUGCAAGAACUGUUCUUCUCUUUUAUCACUUCUCCGAACCCCUACCCCAUUCUUGCAAGCACACCUUCUCUCGACACUCCUAGUGCCACCACCGCUACUCUGUGAACCUCGCGAAUUUCAUGGGCAUCUAAACCGAAGCUCUCUCCCCCAGGAAACGGGAAAAAAAUAUAUAUAUAUUGCCAAACUCUGCUCACAUUCACAUCAUUUCUCAGUGUCUGUACGUCUUUAUCUCUAAGGCCGGCGGCAUGCUCCGAAAGCCUACACGGCUUCGCUCUCCGUUGUCAGGUCUUCCGGUCAAACGUGCCUCUCUCGUCUCGUGCCGUAUCACGGUCUUACCUUUAAUUCUCGAGACCUGCCCCGCCCCCAUCCCACUGCAAUUCUCAAAACACCACAAAACAGUCUGUUGUAGAUGGUGGCACUCCUUCGAGACAAGCUUCCAUCGUUCCGUUUGCAAGUUGUCUUCCUCGGGAAGCCCUCUUGGUUUCUCCGCUGCCGGCUUCCGCGGAUUUUUUUGCGUUUUACUAGUGGCAGUGCACCCCUGCUGCUUCUCGUUCGUGCAGAGCCGAGAUUUUGUGUUGCGUCUGCGAAACGUGGCCUCAUUAUUAUGUGUAAUGCUUUUAGUAGUUUUUCCCUGCUCUAUAUUACAGGCUGUGAGGAGGAAGUGGCACGUUUAUUUUAGCUCAUAUUUUCACCGGGAAAAGACAGCAGUUGCGUUUCUUUCUUUUUUGUUCCCUCACCUCUCGAAUCCUGGCUGCAUUUCGAGCAUCGUGUUGCCCAACUGCUGGUACGUCAGUUGGCGGUGUAUAUAAUACGAGGAGCAAUCUUGGAAGCGAUCCACGGUAUAGUUUAUGGGAGAGAGGAGCACAUGGAGUGCACAUUGCCAUUGUUUUUUGUUUUUUUUAGUGGGAUUACUUUUUUUUUGGACUUGAUAGCAAUGAUGUCUUUUUCCUUCUAUUUAUUAAUUCAGUUCUUUCCCUACACUUUUUUGAUGUAUGUCAUAAAGGCACGCUUGGUCUUGCAUGUUUAUCGAAUGAGCCCACCCCCACCCCCUUUUUAUUUUCCCCAAGCCAGUUGUUUUUACAUUUUAGCUGCUUUUUUUUUCUUUUGAGAGUUCACGUCACGUGCGAAGAGUCUGUUAGGUGCAAUCCUGAAGAACGCUUAUUUUUUAACCUUGCAUGUCGAGCUGUGCGAGGUAACUUCUGGCAAACUUUUUUUUCUCUCUCUGGCGAAGUAAGAGAAAUUAACUGCAAAUGUCAAUUUGGAUUGUACUUAUGGUGCUACAGAUUUGAUUGUAGGAUUGAGAAAGAGCUCCAUACGUACGCAGGUAUAAAUAAACUUUUUAAUCAGU